ACACUUGAAACUUGGCGCAGAGCCGACACAAAAAUGUGCAGUUUCCAGAGGGGCGGAGACAAACCCGCCCGGCCGCCCGCCCCGCAGCUCCGCAUCCACCGCGGUCGCUGCGUGAGAGCAGGAGAAGGCAGCCUGAGCCCGUGGGUCCCCGCUGGUUCCCACCGACCUCAUCAAGUUUACAAUAGCGAACAGAAAGGCUCCCUCUCCGGCCUUCUCUCCCACAAUGCCUCCAUGUUUGUCCGGGUCCGGUCACGCAGCGGCUCGCGCACGGUAAGCAUUUCUGUUGUUGGUUAACCAGAACCGUCCGCGGCGAAGUGACACCGGGACUCGAACAAGUGACCCGCCUUGCAGAGUUGUAAGAGCGGCUGUUCGGAGGGAGACACGCAGCGUAUGUGGCCCGGAGGCAGCACCGCAGGGAACACGGACACCAGACGGAUUUUCCUGCGCUUGACGUCCGGGAGCAGGAGGAAGGGCACCCGCCGCGGCUGCCGGUUUUCUCCCCCGCGGGGAAGGAGGCUAUGAAAAGUGGACUGUCCGGUUCGUCCUCUCCAUCCACCGCCUCCUCCAGCCUGCAUGGAACACAGUGUGCCCUCCGCCACACAGCCAGGUUCUCGGUGAAUACAUGCCGUAGCAGUCCCCGGUCCAGAGUCCAGCUUCCCCCGUGAAAACCAUCAGCAUCAUGAGGACCACCGAGGAGACCGAGGGCUUCGACGCCGAGGCCUCCAACACGUCCAUGAUCUCCGGGGCCAGCAGCCCCUACCAGCCCACCACCGAGCCCGUCCACGCCAGGAACGUGUUCGGGGGGAUUCGGUGCGACGUGCACUACCUCAAGUCCUACUUCGGGAUCCUGAAGGUGGUUGAAGUGGUCCUAUCACUCAUCGGAUUCAUCUGCAUAGAGACCAUCAUGAUGUGCUCCCCCUGUGGAGGCGUCUACUUCUUUGAGUUUGUCAGCUGCAGUGCCUUCGUGGUGACAGGAGUGCUCCUCCUGAUCUUCUGCCUCAACCUGCACACCAAGGUGCCCCAUGUCAACUGGAACCUCACGGACCUGGUAAACACGGCUGCCAGCACCUUCUUCUUCUUCUUGUCGUCCCUCGUGCUCGCCUGCAUGAACCACAACAGUGGAGCAGAAAUCGCAGCAGUGAUCUUUGGCUUCAUGGUGACGGGUGCAUACGGAAUCAACACCUUCCUGGCCGUACGGAAGAUGCGCCUUGGCAACAGCUGUCCGAGGGCGCCGCAGACCAGCGAGUACAUGAGAGCGCGCACGGCAUCUCGUGGAGAAGUGGAGGCACGGCCCGAGAUCGCCUGAGCGCCGGCACACGGUCAAAAGGAAGACCAAGAGGAAGCCACACCACCGUGGUGGCAGCCGAGACACUUCUCUGCCUUCAGAACUGUGAAGUCUGUGGCAGCACGGCCUUCUCUCGCUCGCCAAGCGCUUUUUGACUUCUCAUCACACCACUUGAGCUGAGCUGUCUCGCUGCUCAGCUGCUGAACACAUCUUCACUUCACAGCCGCGCUCUGUGGAGUGUGUGUGUCAGGCUGCAGGUCCACAGAGAGAGAGUCUAAACUUUUCAUCCACUUGUCUUUCUGUCUGAAGGACGAUGUCCACGAAGAACCAUUUAAGGUCGACUUCACUCCGACUGUGCAUCAGUGACAAUGGUGUUGAUAUAUAUUUUUAUUUUUUAGAUCGGUUUGGGUUUCACUGUGAAUGAAGUGAAGUAGAGGAAGGUCAGCUUUUGUACAGUUUGCUUAUAUCACGCUGCUGUUAGUAAAGUCUUUGGUAAUAAUAGAUGAGGUUGUGGAUCCAGGACGCCCCUGUACCAGAACCCCACGGCAGCCUGCAGGGAAACAGAGGCACCACGACUUCACUGGUCGCUGUUUUGUUUCCACCUGUGACGUUGAAUAUUUCAAGAUCAAACUUUGAAAAUGCCUUUCAACAUGACCUUUUAAUGACCUUUUAUUUGAAUUACUAUUGAGAUCUCUGCCAUUGAUAAGCGUAGAGUCACAGUACAGGGUCUUUCUUCACUGUAAUAAAGACAGGAAGUGAAAGAUAAGGUCCAAAUAUCGGACUGAAACAGAAAUCCUGUUCAGACCCGGCUUACAUCCGUCCUGAGGGAUCUGAUCACAAGCUCUCUCUCUCUCGCUCUCUCUCUCUUGCUCUCUCGCACGCGUGUGCGCUCUCGCUCUCUCGCUCUCAGGACAGAUGUUAAUAACACGUCUGAAUAGAGACAGAUUUACUUAUUCAUAAAACAAUCUAAAACAACGGGUUUGAUUCUAUUACGAGACCAAAGUAAGAGUUCAUAACACUCCAUUCCAUGAAUUUGAUCCCAGAUUGUUGUAAUUAAUAUCUAUACAUAUAUAUAUAUAUAUAUAUAUAUAUAGCCUCACUAGAAUGAAAAUAAAUUGAUAAUUGAAGUCUAUGUGAGCCAGGAGAUGAAAGGUAACCAUAUUUUCCUAUCAGACGUUUUAAGCAACUAAAUUUGUUGAUCACCAGCAGGGGGGCUGGUCCAGAUCGAUGCCCUCGGCCUGAACUGAACCUCAGGAAUCGAACCCUCUCCGUCAUUCUAAGACUAUAUUUGAAAUGUAAUCACAGGGUGCCUCGACCUGAACGCUGUAUUUCCCACUGCCUUCUAAAUUAUCACAUGAGAUCGGACCAUUGAGAAAAAAAAAAGCAAAGGAAAAGUACAGGUGGAGACGUUAGGAUGGACAUAUGGUACAUUUAACAGCAUUUAACUCUGUAUUUAACUCUUUGAAUUAAAUGUCAGUGUAUCUACAGUAUAUUAUUACACAUUUCACUCGUUAUGAAGUCUGUCAUCCCAGAUUGCAGCUCGUACACAGAUUGCAGAACAUGGUUUUAUUCCUUCCUGUUCGACCAGUGUAGUCGACAAGGAAACAGGAAGUUUAAAAAAUAAUCUUUGCUUAUUUUUUAGUUUAAAGGAAGAAAUGCUUAUUUAAGUUGUGUCAUCUCUCAUCGUAGUGAUGUAUCGAAGCAACACUACAGUUACACAUGGUUGUGUUUUCUUUGUUGUGUGAGACCCCUGUGUGUAUAUUUGGCUCGGGUGAGUUUGUGCAGGGUCUGAAUUACUCUGUGGCUCCCUCUCCUGGUCGACAGCAUUGUGUGUGUGUAUAUGUGUGUGUAAAAAGACCAGAAGUGUAAUUGUGUGUGAAAAAUAAAACUGCACGUGCUUUUUAAA